CCUUCAGAGUCAAAGGCCAGAGAGCAUGGAGCUGAGUGGAGCCACUAUGGCCCGGGGGCUCACUGUCCUGCUAGUCUUGUUCCUGCAUAUCAAGAACCUGCCUGCCCAGGCUGCUGACACGUGUCCAGAGGUGAAGGUGGUGGGCCUGGAGGGCUCCGACAAGCUCACCAUUCUCCGAGGCUGCCCGGGGCUGCCCGGGGCCCCAGGGCCAAAGGGAGAGGCAGGUGCCAUUGGAGAGAGAGGAGAACGCGGUCUCCCUGGAGCCCCUGGAAAGGCAGGACCAGUAGGGCCCAAAGGAGACCGAGGAGAGAAGGGGAUGCGUGGAGAGAAAGGAGACGCUGGGCAGUCUCAGUCGUGUGCGACAGGCCCGCGCACCUGCAAGGACCUGCUAGACCGGGGGCAUUUCCUGAGUGGCUGGCACACCAUCUACCUGCCCAGCUGCCGGCCCCUGACUGUGCUCUGUGACAUGGACAUGGACGGAGGGGGCUGGACUGUUUUCCAGCGGAGGAUGGAUGGCUCCGUGGACUUCUACCGGGACUGGGCCGCGUACAAGCAGGGCUUCGGCAGUCAGCUGGGGGAGUUCUGGCUGGGGAACGACAACAUCCACGCCCUGACUGCCCAGGGAAGCAGCGAGCUCCGUGUGGACCUGGUGGACUUUGAGGGCAACCACCAGUUUGCUAAGUACAGAUCAUUCAAGGUGGCCGGUGAGGCGGAGAAGUACAAGCUGGUACUGGGAGCCUUUGUUGAGGGCACCGCGGGUAAUUCUCUAACGGCCCACAACAACAACUUCUUCUCCACCAAAGACCAAGACAAUGAUGUGAGUUCUUCAAAUUGUGCUGAGAAGUUCCAGGGAGCCUGGUGGUAUGCCGACUGUCAUGCUUCAAACCUGAAUGGUCUCUACCUCAGGGGACCCCAUGAGAGCUAUGCCAAUGGUAUCAACUGGAGUGCGGCGAAAGGGUACAAAUACAGCUACAAGGUGUCAGAGAUGAAGGUGCGGCCCGCCUAGACGGGCCAGGACCCCUCCACACGCACCUGCUAGUGGGGAGGCCACACUCACAAGUGCUGUGUCGUGGAAGUCACCCCACUUCCCCAGCCAGGCACACUCCCAUGACGCCCACAGCUGCCCCUUUGCCCCCAGCUCGGUCAGGCCGCCACAUGCCCACAACCUCACCAGAUGGAGAAUUAUGUUUCUAAAUAUGUUUGCUUUGGGACAGAAAAGUUUUACCAGUUUCAAUGUGUGUUUCUUGAACACCAGUGGUUUUGAUCACUUUCCUGCAUCUGUUGCACAGCAGGUGUUUCCCUGGAAUUUGGUAAGUCGGGAAGAGUCAGGACCCUCAUUUAGCAGAUGGCAUUACCAAUGUUCAGGGAGGUUGAGAGACUUUUGCAAGGAUUUUCCACCUCCAGUAAUUGACACAAGGCGAUCCUCACCUUCACCCCCAAGCCUCCCCCAUCCCCCCAUGCCUCACUCACAACACUUCACACUUCUUGAAAAAAGUCACUUCGGGGUCCAGAAAACACUUAUUAAAAAGGAGGAAAGUUUAAUAGGAACUUUUCUGCUUCCCACCACGGCAGAGUUCAUGCUUUGGGCUGGUUGGCUGCUGAGAGGAGAUAAACACUUAGCACUCACUAAGUGAGCGCCUGGUCAGCCACCUGCACAGAGAAGAUUCCGAAGAGGCCUUCCUCCCACACACAGACCUCAGCUAGAGGGGACCGCAGACCUCAGUGGGAAAAGCUGCACAAGGCUUCUAGGAGAUGAUGGAGAAGGGGCUUCUCCAGCUCCCAGGCUAGGGGAGAUUUCUCAACCACGACCUAAGAAGCAUCAAAGGGAAUGUGGCAAGUGUGACCCCAUUCAAAUCAAGAGCUCACACUUACCGAAGGACACUAAGAGAACCAAAGUAAGGCCAGAGGGGCAGAAUCACUGUGCGGCACACACGUCUUUAGUUUUCUACUAUUGCCUCAACCAGUCACCGCAAAUGGAGUGGCUUGAAACAACAAGAACUCAUCACCUCCUGGCUCGGUAGGUCUGGAGUCCCAGGGCCUUACUGGGCCAGCAGGCAGGACUCAGCAGUGGUGGCUCCUUCUGGGGUUCUAGGGGAGAACCUUCUUCCUUGCCUUUUCCAGCCCCAGGGGUCACUGGCAUUCAUUGGCCGAGACUCCUUCCCCCAGCCCCAAAGCCAGCAGCACCACAUCUCUCUGACCCUUCAUCCGCUGUCACCUCUCCCCCCGAGCCCCGCGGGACAGGCUCUCCACUCCUGAGACUCACGGGAUUAGACUAGGCCUACCUGGAUAAUCUGGGAUCCUCUCCCAUGUCCAGGUCUCUAUCCCUAACCACAUCAGCAAAGUCUCUUUUGCCAUGGAAGGUAUUUGCAGGCUCUGAGUUUGUGUGUAUUAGGGCAGGACAUCUUUGGCGGGGCAGUUGUGGGGGCGGGGAAUUAUUCUGCCUACCACACCUUAUACAAAAAUAAAUAAAUCACAGGCUUAUAUCUGAAAGAA